UUUAAAUUAUUGAAUUGAGCCGUAUAAAUUUGAAAAGUUAUAAUUAUUUAAAGACCAAAAGGCAAGUCAAUUAUUUUAAUCGAUCAAUGAAUUGAUUACUGAGAAUCAUUUUCCUAUUAAAAGUGAUAAAAAUGUAAAAAGUCAUUGCCAAUUCCGUCGUAAAUCAUACUGUAUAAUAAUAUGCUACGUAAGUUACUUUAGUCAAUACCAUGAAGGCAUGCACUAAGAUAUCUUGAGCAUAGUUAAUACCUGCACAGAAAGUCAGAACUCGCUACUCGACAGUCAUAUUUUAAAACGGAUUCUGUAUUUCUUUAUUUACUUCUAAGACUAGACACUUGUGGAUAUUGUCCACAUCAUGUUAGUUCUAAUCACAGCAAUAGUUUGCAGUUUUAUUAGCCAUAUACAUAGUGAAGGCCAGUGUAAUGGUUUGUACAGUGACUAUUCUCAUCAUUUAUCAUCUAAAACUCCGUACCGAUAUGUAGCCAACUAUAACACAGAACCAAUCAACUUCGAAGGUUGUAAGGCAUGGAAAAUUUGGCUAGUUCAAAGACAUGGUACAAGGACACCUGGUAAAGAAUUAGAUCAGUUCGUCAAAAACAGAUUACCAGAAAUUCAAAAAGACAUUGUAAACAAUUUGAUUGAGUGCAAACUAUGCAAUGAAGAUGAAAUAAAAUCAUGGACUUCUCAUGAAGAAAUAGAUGAUCAAAAGCGAUUAACCAGAGAAGGAGAAGAUGAACUUUUAGCAAUUGCCGAACGUAUGCAACUUAGAUUUCCUAAUUUAUUAAAUCAACCAUAUGAAAAUACAAACUUUUUGUUUAGGUUUACUGAUACUCAAAGGACUAGAGUAAGUGCUAAACAAUUUGCAACUGGAUUAUUUGGACGAAAUGACGUUAAGAAAGUAUUAUUUGAUGAACCAUUAGCUAAAGACCCAUUAUUAAGGUUUUAUAAAGUUUGCCAAAAAUGGAGAAAAGAUGUUAAAAAAUCAUCUUCAGCAUCAGCUGAAUACCAAAAAUUUGUCGAAUCUCAAUUAACUAGAGUUACUUUAAAAAAUUUAUCUUCAAGACUUGGACUUGAUUACACGUUAACAUUUAAGGAUGCCAAGAAUAUAUAUACAUACUGUGCUUUUGAAACUGCUUGGGAGAAAAAUAAAGUUUCACCAUGGUGUUCAAUUUUUAAUAAAUCUGAUUUAAUGCUUUUCGAGUACAGUGAAGAUUUGAAGCAUUAUUUGAUUGAUGGUUAUGCUUAUGAGUUAUCAUACAAACAAGCUUGUGUCUUAUUAAAAAAUGCAAUUGAAUAUUUCGACGAUCAAGAUUUAAAUAGCAAGAAUGGUAUUUUCUAUUUUACCCAUUCAGGUACAAUUUUGAAAAUGCUCGGAUUGUUAGGUCUUUAUAAAGAUGAACAUAAAUUAAAACAUGACAAUUAUUUUGAAAUGGAGAAUCGGCAAUGGAGGACUUCAAAAAUUGAUCCUUUUGGUUCAAAUAUUGCAUUUGUUCUUUACAAGUGUAAUAAUAAUGAAACUAAGAUACUAACAUUACACCAAGAAAGAAUCGUCCAUCUUAAUGGUUGCAAAGAUGGCCUUUGUUCAUAUAACAAAUUUAAACAACUGUUUUCAACGGAACUUCAAAACUGUAAUUUUGAUGAAAUGUGUAAUAUUGACUAAAUUGUUUAAUAUUUAAACUUACAAAUAUUAUUUUACAUAGGUAUGUACCAAUUAUUAUUUUUUAGUUGCUAUAGGUUAUUUUUAUAUUAUUAACUAUAUCACAACAAAAUUAUAUUACCAAGUGUUUUGUUGGGGUACAAAGAUUUGAAGAAAAAUGUUUACAAUUUUAUUUUUUGUAUUUUUUUCUGAAUUAUUCUUGUACUCUGCUUUAGUUGCAAUUGAAAUGUACUGAAAAUAUAUCAUAAUUAUUUUUAAUUACAAUACAAAUUAUCUCUCCGUAGUGGUGUAACAGCAAACCCACAACUCUGUGUCAUAAUUUUAUAUUUUAAAUGCUUAAGAAAUUUAUCAUAAAAUGGACUCUAAAUGGUACAAAAAGUGAAAAGUUGCGUCCAAAGUGGUAAUCUGUCAAAAUAUCUAAAUUUAUCAGUUUUUCCAAAAAUGAGUGCAUUACUCUAUACUUUGAAAUAAAAUUAUCUCAAAUAUCAAA